AGAAACAUGCAAAGUAGUCCUAAUACUAUUGUAAAAGCAUCUCCACCAACUGACUAACUACAGUGCUAUCAGCUCAUCAUCUUGUUAAUGGCGAAGGUCUGUCUGGGUUGGUCUGUUCCUCCGGUCAACUCCUCUCCAUCUAAUUCCCGGAGAAUCAACAGACACACAUCCAUAACAUUUGCUACUUUGAAGGAGUCUCCAGCUUUGGGAGUGAAAGUCACGGAAGGCGAAGGGAAACUGCCAAAGCUCGUGCUCAAUUCUUCUAAUGGAAGUGAGGCUGAGGUGUACUUAUUUGGAGGUUGCGUAACAUCUUGGAAAGUUUCAAACAAGGAUUUCCUUUUUGUUAGGCCAGAUGCUGUGUUCAAUGGGCAGAAACCAAUCAGUGGAGGUAUUCCUCAUUGCUUCCCUCAGUUUGGUCCUGGCCCAAUCCAGCAGCAUGGAUUUGCAAGAAAUGUGAAUUGGUCACUUGUUGAUUCUGAAAAUGUCGAGGGGAGUCCAGAGAUUACACUAGAGCUGAAAGAUGGACCUUAUAGUCGGGCUAUUUGGGAUUUCAGUUUUCGAGCUUUGUAUAAGGUCAUUCUUCAGGACAAGAGCCUCUUAACAGAACUGGUCAUUACAAAUACAGACAAGAAAGCAUUUGUGUUCACUACCGCCCUUCACACAUACUUCAGCGCUUCUGUGACAGGGGCAUCUGUUAAAGGUUUGAAGGGCUGCAAGACCCUGAACAAAGACCCAGAUCCUAAUAACCCUAUUGAGGGCAAAGAAGAAAGGGAUUCGGUUAGUUUUCCUGGAUUUGUAGAUCGCGUGUACCUAGGAGCGCCUAGUGAGAUCUUCCUUGAGAAUGGUUUGGGAGAUACGGUAUCCAUCACAAGUAAAAAUUGGACAGAUGCUGUUCUUUGGAACCCACAUCUUACAAUGGCAUCCUGCUACAAAGAUUUUGUGUGCGUUGAAAAUGCUAAGCUUGAAGAAGUAAAGCUAGAGCCCGAGGAGUCUUGGACUGCCACACAAUGCCUGAGCAUUGUCUGAACUAUCUGUUCUUCAUGGUUAGCUACCUAUAUUCUUCUCUUCAGUCUUUUAAUUAUUUUCCUUUUAAGUUGGAUCCAAAGAGCAUUUCAUCAUAAAUGAAGAACAAUACAUUUUAUUUAUACCAUAUCAAUGAAAUGAAGAUCGUUAUAAUUGUGUA